AAGUUCAUCGAAUUUGUCGUGAAUCAGAAUUGGAAGAUGCAUCUACUAGGAACUUACAACUGUUGGAACGAGUUUCAGAAAAAACGCUCGACUCAAGCUUUCAUUUUCGCCGACCGGGAAACUGAUGCAGAAGCCAUCGUUCUUGCCUUCCGGGGAACGGAAGCCUUCAAUGCAUACGACUGGUGCACAGACUUGGAUUUCUCCUGGUACGAGCUCCCGCAGCUCGGCCGUGUCCAUCUCGGAUUCCUCGAAGCACUGGGGCUGGGCGACAGGAACAGGAUGCAAAGCUUCCAGAGGUUGAAGCAGAACAUCUACGAGAACUCGAGGACUCCGUUGCCACAGACUCCAACAUCUGGAUUACCCGACUUUGUCCUCAGCGAUGAGAGGAAGCUGCUCGCGUACGACCACAUCAGUGCGGAGCUCGUCACCAUCCUCCGGAACCACAGAAACGCAAAGCUCUACAUCACCGGUCACAGCCUCGGCGGCGCUCUGGCGACUCUCUUCACCGCCAUGCUCUUCUACAACCGGGAAGAGAAUCGAGUCUUUUACAACACCGAGGACGACGUUGCCAGGAGGCUCGCGGCGCUCUAUACGUUUGGCCAGCCCCACGUUGGAGACAAGAGCUUUGCGUCCUUCAUGGACACCAGCUUAAACAAGCCAACCAUGAGGUACUUUAGAGUUGUCUACAAUAACGACAUGGUAGCUCGAGUUCCCUUCGACAACUCUCUGUUUGGCUUCAAGCAUUUCGGGAAUUGCUGCUACUUCACUUACAACUACACCCUCCAGAUCCUUCCGGACGAGCCAUUUCCCAAUUUCCUCUCCCCGGUUUACAUGGUGCUGUCCCGGCUUUACGCGCUGUUCGAGCUCGUCCAGAGCUUCUUCAUGAGCUAUAGAUAUGGCGGGGAGUUUAGCGAGACGAGGUUGUCCACUGUGGCAAGGAUUGCAGGCUUGCUCGUGCCUGGGAUCGCCGGCCACAGCUUGGUGAAUUACAUCAACUGCGUCAGGCUGGGGCCCGACCAUCUCGAUCCGGCGUGCCUGCAAAACACGGAGUGGGAUAAAUCCCAGUAUGCAUAGCAACUUCGUACAUGUCA